GCGACGACAGGGAAGUUUGGGAGUGAGGAGGCAGAUGGGUUCAGUGUGUGAACUGGCCGUCUGACAACAAGUGGUUUUCCGCGAAGGACAGCACUGAGGAGAAGCAGCUGCUCCAUUUGUAGCCUCUGUUGCAUUUUCAACAGGCCUCUCAAGUGCAGCAUCAAAGUAAUGACUGCCACAACAGACUUAUAAUUUGAGAAAGAAAGGGGGAAGCUGCUGUGCUCUAUCUCCAGGUGUUUCCAGUUGGCUAAUCAGGCGGCCUCAUUUGGAGCACCGGGUUGAACCUGAGGCCACAAGUCGCCAGGUGGACGGCGACAGAAGCUGGUUCACUGUUUAAACUGUUUCCUGACUCCUCUGAACUUUCCUCCAUCCGUUCAACAUGUACAGCAUGAUCGACCACGAGCUGAAGCCGACCGGCCAGCCGCCUUCCCAUCAUGCCUCCCAGGGAAUGUCACCGAUAACGGGCAGCAUGACCGGGACUAUUGGCAGCAACGGAAACUCUCACCCGAACUCCAAAACGUCCUGCUCACCUGGGAAUGACCCCAUGGAUAAAGUCAAGCGACCCAUGAACGCCUUCAUGGUCUGGUCGAGGGGCCAGAGGCGCAAGAUGGCUCAAGAAAACCCCAAAAUGCACAACUCUGAGAUCAGUAAGCGGCUGGGAGCUGAGUGGAAGCUGCUGACCGACGUGGAGAAGCGGCCCUUCAUCGACGAGGCCAAGCGGCUCCGAGCGGUCCACAUGAAGGAGUACCCCGAUUACAAGUACAAGCCGCGCCGCAAGACGAAGCCCCUGCUCAAGAAGGACGCUCAGGUGGGGAAGUAUCCGCUGUCAGCCGGGAACCUGUUGGCGGCAGCAGCGCAGGGUCAGGCGGGUAGUCCGAGGAUGGAGAGCUACGGCUGGGGCCCCAGUGGAGGGUACGCCGGCAUGCAGGGCGAGGCGCUCGGCUACACGCAGCAACUGCACCGCUACGACCUGUCAGCGCUCCAGUACCCGCCGGCCAUGUCCGCAGCACAGACCUACAUGAACGGAGGCAACUCAUACAGCCCCAUGUCGUACAGCAGCAGUCCACAGCAGCCCAGCUCCGUCACCAUGUCCAUGGUGAAAACAGAACCCGUAUCCCACUCGCCUCCAACGGGGACACCAAACCACCACCGCGGAGCUUUGCAGGGUGACCUCAGGGACAUGAUCAGCAUGUACAUCCCCGGACCAGGAGGAGAUGCCACGGACCCGUCGACGGCACAGAGAGGCUACACCAGCGUCCAGCAGCACUACCUCACUGGGACUGUUCCACUCACACACAUCUAGAGCUGAAGUGGAAACCACGGGAGCUGAAGACGAACAGAACGAGAGCACCAGAGCCUGUGUUCAGGAUGCACAGCUGGCUGGACAGGAGAUGGAACCAGAGGUGGAGUACUUUAGAUGGAAAAGAAACACUAGAUAUGAAGGAAAAACACAUUUCCCCUUGUACUGUCAUCUCGAAUUUUCAGAUUUUUUUCCCCACACUUCCAGACAGAUACUUCUCACAUUUUUUUUUCUAUCAUUGAAAAGAUGUCUUUCUACCUCUUUGGUGCCACACAUUUACCACCAAACAUAGAGCUGAGACUCCUCCCUGCCUCCCACCCUUCUUUCCCUCAAGGACUCCAGUGAAGAGACGGUCAGUGUCUGUUUGUGUACAUAUUAGGAGAUUUUUUUUUGUUGUUUUUUUUUUUUUUUUAGAACUCAUACAUAAGUCAGAAGACGUCUUAAUAAUACCAUGCUAAACACUUGUGACACUGGCACUCACAUCAGUCCCACAAAGUGCUGGUUGGACUGUUUCAGUUUAGUCUUCCACUGACCAUGGAACCAGCCCUGCCAUCAGGCAACUUUGCGAACGAACCACAACCUCUCAGCCGCUGACAGCUAAGUUAGAUGAGCUGUUAUUUGUCGUUGCUGCUCUGACAUGUGAGCACAGCUGGCGCCAGCGGAGGAAAUGUGAAGGAAAUGCACAACUUGAAUAAGAGAACUGUUCAAAUAUACUCUGUGUGCCUUGGCUUUGGUGUAGUACUCUUGUAUUUUUAGAUGUUGUUUUACUGUUGAAAUCCUGUUGGAUGACAUGGAAAACACUUGUUGGACAAUCAGCACUGCAUCCACAGGAACGUAUCGGCUUCAAUCUGCUUAGAAUCUAGAACUGGCUUGGUUCUAGAUGCAGUAGGGUUACUACUGUCACACCAAAUCACUGUAUUACAUUUUUUUUGUUCUGAGAAGAUGUGCAACACUGUUUUUGGUCCCUGAAGAAGUAAAAUUUGCUCUAAUUAGCUUUAGAUCUCAUCUAUAAUGUUUGGAUGCAUCCUGAGCUGCAUUGUGCAUCUGCUGUCACUUUGCUCUAGGCUUUUCAUUAGGUGAAUGAAAUUUAUUAUGAAAUGCUACAUUCCAGUUGUUUACGCCCAAAAAUAGCACAUUGAGACUUUCAAGUUUUAGUUUCUUCCAAGUACACUGGAUUUACUAAAGACCUUCCAAGCAGGUUUUUUAAUGAACUGUCAGUUGUUUGUGUUUUUAUCACCAGUAAAGGGAAUGCCUGUUUCAGUAAACCUUCCCUCAUGUUUUUGAACUUUUCCAAUAACCUGUAGAUAGUUGUGUAGUUUUAAAAUGCAAAAGGGAUGUUUUAUAAUUCCAGUUCUCUCCAGCUGACGGUACUGUUUUUGCCUGCUAACUGGUUACUAGUGCUGCUAUAGACAAAGUGAACUUUUUUAGGCUGUGUAAAGUGAAUAUUAGAAAGAUUGAGCCAGAUUUUCGGUUUGAAGCAUUCUACUGCUCAUUAAACAUGCACUGGAAACUGA